UAUAGCUUGAUGGUGUAAUUUCUGUCUCUUGCUUUAAACAAGCACGGCUGCGAAAUGUUUCAUUUGUGGAUAUGUUGGCUAUUUUGUGUCUUCGCCCAGGUUGAUCCCUUAUCAUCACAACCUCCCUUUGAAAAAAGCCUGAUCUGGAGUUCGAAAACCGAGGCCCUUCGUGAUCCAUUUCUAGCCUUUAUCCCGGGAGAUCCAGCUGAUGUAUCCAGAGAUAAUAUUACACGUGGUCGAAUAUCUUUUAACACAAUCCUAGAUCCUGAGGCCAACAUUCACUCUGUGUGUUCAGAUUAUGCGGCAGGCGCGGUGUAUUUUGCUGAACUUUACACAAAAACUUUUUUCGAGAUUAACAUACAUUCUCUGUCUACCAGAAUCGUUCAUCGAGGUGUUGGUGACUCCUUACAAAUGACAGUUGACUGGUCGAGCAGAAACCUCUACUGGGUUGAUGGAUUAUUCAGUUGGAUCGCCGUAAAGUCGUUGAAAAAGGAUGAUCCUUUUGACUACAACGUCCUGGUGGAGCGCGACGUGGAUUUUCCCUUAGGGAUAGCCGUCGAUCCACGGCGAGGCUACCUGUUCUGGAUAGAAGUGGGCCGUGUACCGCUGGUGAAGCGAGCCCGCCUGGAUGGGGAUUCCCCACGUGUGUUAGCCGUGGGCGGUUUGUACCGCCCUCGAGGCUUGACCAUUGACAUUCAGACGGGCAAGAUUUACUGGGUGGAUCGAACUAAAAGAAUCUGUGGAAUAUUGUGACAGUGACGGCAGCAACGUAACGUUCUGAGGAAAGUGAAUUCUUUGAAAUUCGACAGUAUAGCAUAUUAUGAGGUAGGUGUUUGACUGAUUUUUUUGACAAUCUGGUUCAAUCAUUCGGUGGAAUAGCUUAUUAUCAG